AUGGAAACCUGUCGAGAAGAACAUACAAGAUGCAAAAAACUUCUCACCAAUCCUCAUGCUCCAUUCAUCCCCAGACGUCUGCUGAAGAUCGACGUUCCUCUAGGAGCCAACAUUAGGAUAGUGGAAAGUGAUAAAGAAUUUCAAUCGACAGUGACAGGACUCCUAUAUGCGACACUUAGCCACGCUUGGGGUAAUCAUAAGAUUCAUAAGUUUGACACGCUUACUAAAGACAACCAAAAGCUCUUCGAAGCCUCUGGUAUCGAAUGGUCUCGGCUACCAAAGACGUUUCAAGAAGCAAUACUAGUUGCAAAGCAUCUUGGUCUGUCAUGGCUCUGGAUAGAUUCUCUUUGUAUCAUCCAGCAAGGCGACGGUGGGACAGACUGGACGUUCCAAGCUCCCCUGAUGCACCAGGUGUACCGGAGCGCUUUAUGCAAUAUCGCUGCUGCCGAUAGCUGCAACGCAACAAUGGGCCUUUUCCGAGAUCGCCAGCGAAGCUCAUUCCUACCAGCGCACUUUCGUACUCCUGCACGGACAAAAGUCUACACUAACCGAAACUGGUCUGUAUUUCGAAAGGACUGGUGGGAGUCAGAGCUUCUUAGAUUGUACCUCUACAGCAGAGCGUGGGUUUUUCAAGAACGUAUGCUGGCAGCCAGAAUCGUGCAUUAUGGCCGGAAUCAGGUAUUCUGGGACUGUGCAGAACUCACUGCGAGUGAAGUGUUUCCUCAGGGUCUACCAUACGCACUGGACGGACGGGCGGCGAGCGACCGACAUUGGCGAAUGAGACUGCAUGAGCGGAAACUCUUUGAAGCUCACCAGACCUGGGGAAGAGGUGACGAUUCGAUUGAGAAUUUCUGGCAGCUUGCUGUCGGAAAUUACACUCGGUGCAACUUGACCAAAUGGAAGGAUAAGCUGAAGGCACUCGAGGGUGUUGCGGUGCUGGUUGAGGAGGCCACUGGCGACAAGUAUCACGGAGGGCUUUGGCUCAUACACCUUGUGGAACAACUUGCGUGGAGGGUCGCCACGCCAUCUCAACGCCCUGCUCCUGAUCCAAAGGAGAACGACAUUCAUAGGUUUCCUACUUGGUCCUGGGCGUCUAUCAGAGGCAUGAUC